AUGUGCGGAUGGUGGGCAGAGUCGGCGAUGAUGACUUCGGGCGGACGCUGCUCAGCGGACUGCAGUCAGGAGGGGAUAGAUGUGAGGGAUGUGGCAGUUGACGGGUCAAACGUGACAGGCGUUGCGAUGAUCAUGGUGGAUGCGGCUGGGCAGAACUGCAUCGCGGCGGUGUAUGGCGCGAAUAUGGCCUGCGACGAUGAGCAACUAGACGCGGCGAAGCGGGCAAUGGAAUCUGCGGACGCGCUGAUGCUGCAACUGAGACGCCGCCGCACUGUCUCGAUUGCCGCAGCGAGUACAUGCUCGCAGUCUUGGGGUGCGCGUAGUGUGGGACCCGGCACCGUCCGCAGCGAUGCCAAAACGGGCUAUGCAGUUGCAGAUGUGAUAACGCCAAACGAAACGGAGGCGGCAGAACUGACGGGUAUCCGUGUCGUUGAUGUGGAUUCGGCGCGGGCGGCAGCGGACGCCCUGCUGGCGAUGGGUGUGGGCACGGCGGUGGUGAAGAUGGGGCAGCAUGGUGUGUUUGCUGCCACGGCGAGCGAGCGAUACUAUGUGCCGCCGUUCGGCGUGGAUGCGGUGGAUAGUGUGGCGGCGGGCGAUGCGUUUGGCGCGGGGUUGACCGUUGCAUUGUCGGAAGCGCGCGGCCUUGAGGAUGCGCUGAGGUUCGCUUCGGCAGCAGGCGCGCUUGCCGUUACGAAGCCGGGCGCUCAGGAUGCGAUGCCGUUUCGCCAAGAGGCUGAUGCGCUUCUACACGCCACAAAUGCUUGA